AUGUACGCCAAAUGGCUUAAAAAUGACAACAAAAAUGCACAGGUUAAAUUCGUUCCGACAGGAGGAAGUCGUCUUUGUUCAGAACACUUUAGCUCUGACAUGAAGGAAGAGGGUGGACAAAGAGUGAUACUGAAGCCAUUUGCUGUCCCAACAAUAUUUCCAACUUCUCAGGUUUGUGUCUUUGUCAGUUUUCUUCAUCAUUUAAUAUUUAAAAAUUUAACCUCCGUUUGUGCCCAGAAAAUGUUUUUGUUGACACUUAAAUUGGGCUAUAAUUUCCAUUGGGCUAUUCCAAUUAUUAUCCGCACACCCCCUGUUGAGGAACCUUGGAAUUCCAGGGGAGGGGAUGCAUUAACCUUGGAAUUUCCAGGGGAGAGGUGCAUUAAGUUUAAAUUUCCAGGGGAAGUGGGUACAUUAACCUUGGAAUUUCCAGGGGAGGGGUAGCCCUGGAAUUUCCAGGGAAUGGGGCAUUCAGGCUCUGGAUUCCAAGGGGGAAGAGUAAUUCUCACAUGGAAUUUCCAGAGGGAGGAGUAAAUUUCAUGGGAUAGAAACCCCAUGGGAGGACAUAUGUUAGAGGAAAUUUCCGGGAGCAAAUGUCCCAUGAUGGAAAUUCCAUAGGGAAGGGUAAUUUAUACAUGAAAAUUCCAUGGACAGGGCGAAAUUUUAAAUGGAAAUUCCAUGGGAAGGCCUAAUUUAAAAUCGAAAUUCCAUGGGCAAGGGUAAUCUUUACAAGGAAAUUCCAUGGGAAGGUGUAAAUUUUACAUGAAAAUUUGCGGAAAUUCCAGGGGAGUACCAACGUGAGAAAGGGGUUCCUCAACAGGGGUUCCUCAAUAGCCCAUUUAAUAUCUGCACAUGCACCCCUGUCAAGGGAAGAUGUUUCUCAUAGAUACUGUAUACCCCUGAGGAAUUCCAAGUACAAACACCUUAAUACACAAGAGGAAUUCCGAGCACAAAAUACUCAACUUCUGAUGAAUUACUCAGUGUCUGCGCGAGUCCAAUUUUGCAGGUGCCUUAAGAUUUUCAGGCAAUUUGGCAUCAACUGUGGCCCUGAAGUAUUCCAGAUAUCUGAUUGACAGGGUGUGUACUCACUAGAUGUCAAAUGGAAUAGCUUACUGACUCUUGCUAGUCUCACUUGCUAGUUAACCCAUUGAGCACCUGACUGCUCUGCCUUCAACUUGACGAGUAACAUCCUCUAGUGUUAUAUUAUGGACAAAAUAAUGAGGCAGGGUGCAAUAUGAUGCUUAUGGGUCAUUUCAGAAAACAUCCAUACCUCCCCCAAAGAGGAAAUCCCUACACAUUAUCAAAAACAAUUUUUUUCUCCCCUCCCCCUCCAGGAAUUUCCUCCUUGGGGGGAAUUUCCUCCUUGGGGGCAAUUUCCUCCUUGGGGGCAACUCCACCAGGAUGAUCAAUAAUUUAUGAAAGCCUUUCAAAAAAGCAAAUAGCACUGGCCACUGAAAGUGUGAGAUAUUAUUGGCAACUUAAUAAUUCUCAUCAUCGAUGAAACGUUUCCAAAACGAUAGGGACACCGGAACAGAGGCUAAAGCUCUUUGUUAGCCUCUGUUCCGGUGUCCCUAUUGUUUUGGAAACGUUUCGUCGAUGAUGUCAUCUCUGCGGUUUCUACAAAUGAGAUCGAUAUUCUGCUGCAACAUUUAAAUUCUAUUGAGCCGUCCAUCCAAUUCACGGUAGAACGUGAGAUAAUUAAAUGGACAUUUAGCUUUUUUAGAUUUGAAUGUACACAGAACUGUCGAAGGGAAGUUAGAGACUGAUGUUUAUCGCAAACCCACACACACAGACAAAUACUUGUCAUACGACUCUCAUCACCCAGUAAGCCAUAAAAGAUCCGUAGCAAAAACUUUGCUUCAAAGAGCUGAAUCGUUGCCGUCAAACAGUGAUUCUGAAGCUAAUGAACGUGAAUAUGUUCUAAAUGUUUUAGGGGAAAACAAUUACCCAAAGCGUUUUCUUAAUGAUUGCCUGAGAUCACCUGUUUGUAGGAACCAAAAUAACUCCGAGGGUGAUACCUCUGUUAAGGAUUUUGCAAUAGUUCCAUACAUUCAAGGUGUCACAGAACCAAUCAAGAGAAUCUUAAGUAAUUGUAAUAUUAGGGUUGCCUUAAAACCCUAUUUGACUUUAGGCCAUAUUUUCGCAAAGCCAAAAGAUCCUGUUGAAAAAAAUAAGACUCAUGCUAUAUAUUCUAUACCAUGCGGUGACUGCGACAAAGAGUAUUUGGGUCAGUCUAAACGCCAGUUUGGUACACGGCUAAAAGAACAUCAAAAGGCUGUUUCAACUUUAGACAAGGGAAAAUCAGCUUUAUAGCCGAACAUGUAUGUUACACCAAACACGAGAUUGCGUGGGAAAACUCUAAAGUAAUUACCACAAACAAUCGCUACGGUCAAAGACUUUGCCUAGAAGCGUGGCAUAUAAAUAUGAGUCAUCAUGCUUUGAAUAGGAAUGACGGCGCCUAUUUGCCAGAGGAAUAUAUGCAUCUUCUUGGCAGGUGAUGCCAUCCCUUGGGUAUUAAAGAAGCCACGAUCGCAGUUUUAGAUCACCCCUGAUGAAGACACUAGACUGGAGUGUUGAAACGUUGGGUCUUGAUUACAAUUCGACUGGGCUUUGUAAUCAUUUAUUUAAACCAGAGUAGCGAGCGAAACAUGAUAGAUAUACCUGGUUGCAGUGAACGAACAAACUUUAAUAAUUCUCCUCUGCCCACCCCCUCUGCCAAUAUUUUCCAAAGUGUCAACCAUACCUAUAUUAAAUCCCGAGUACUGAUUCUGUUAAAACAUUUUUGUCAAUUAGUCGACCAAAACGUUUUUGUCAUUUUUGUUCAUUAAUUAAUUAAAAAAAAUUUUCAUAGUUUACUUUAUAACUGCUUCAUGACAAGUCAGAGCAGCACUGAUAUUGUCCUCAGUGUCAUUUACUAGGGAGGGGGCAAUAUCAACCCCCUGCCGAUAAUUUCUAAACGCCCUUGAAUGGCUGAAUAACUGUGUCAAAAAGCUGUUACAACAAUUUUAAAACCAUGAAAGCAUUGGUACAUAAUAUAUUUGGCAAAUUUGCAUGACAUUUGGGGGGGGGGGGGCUGGGGGUUGAAAAAAUUAUUUUGCAUUUUAUAAAUGUUCAUGCAUUAAGUAAUACGUGUUGAUUAUUCUGUAACUCCCGUAGGUAAUGAAGAAUGAAGAGGCAAGUACUAAGAAAGCCUCAAGUCAGGAUGUUGUAGAAGUAGAAAAAUUUAAUUGUAUGUCAGACGAAAAAAGUAGUUUAGUAGAAACAAUAGUAAUGAACGAAGAUAGUGUAAGUGAUGAAGCACUAAGUUUGCAGGUGGUUAAUGAAGAGAUCAUUGCCAUGGAUUGUGUGAGUAUGCAGGAGGUGAUUGAAAAAAUAACUAUUGAAGAUAACGUAAGUACACCAGGAGGUAAGAGAAAAUAUUUGGAUGAAACAGAGAUUGACGUAAGCGCGUCUCAAAAAAGGGCGCGAACGACCAGUUCUUCUGAAAAAGGUGCACGUGAUCACUCAUACUGUAUAAAAUCUCCUCGUAGAGUGAGAAGGCAAGUUGAUGAUCUUGUAGUUAAACUUGAAAAUCUUCAGAAGAGAUUGAAUACAUCUCAGAAGAAAACAAGGAGAAGGAAUAAGAAGGUUAGCACGUUGACUGCAGUGGUAAGUGAAUUGAGAGAAAAAAAUCUUAUCAAUAGUGAUUGUGUGACUAUUCUAGAAUCAACUUUCUCUGGAGUUCCAAAGGAACUUAUGAAGAGGUUGGUGACGCAAAAGAAAAAGAAAAAUCUUGGGGCGUAUCCACCUGAGCUAAGGUCAUUUGCCCUGACCUUGAAAUUUUAUUCAACUAAAGCGUAUAACUAUGUGCGGAAAAGUUUUGAUUUAGGGCUGCCACAUGUAAACGUGAUUCGGUCAUGGUACAGUUCCAUGAAUGGCGAGCCAGGUUUUACAAAGGAUGCGCUGACAGCUCUGAAAGCCAAAGUUCUAGCUGCAAAAAGGGAUAACCAAGAAGUUGUUUGUGCACUAAUGCUCGAUGAGAUGGCCAUACGCAAGCAUGUCGAAUGGGAUGGUAAGCAGUUCCGCGGUUAUGUUGACCUUGGCACAGGCAUCAAUGACGACUCGCUGCCCGAAGCAACAGAUGCUCUUGUUUUUAUGGCAGUCUCGGUGAACUCCGGUUGGAAAGUACCAUGCGGAUAUUUUCUGGUGAAUGGUCUUACCGGAGAGCAGAAAGCAAACUUGACCAAAGAAUGCAUAACCAAGUUGCACGAAGUAGGGGUGAAGGUUGUGUCUUUUACGUGUGAUGGCCCCACGUCUCACCAGGCGAUGUUGAAAUUGCUCGGCGCUCAACUGUCACCUGAUAACUUGCAAGCGUACUUCCAACAUCCAUGUGACCCGAAAGCAAAGAUCUACAUCUUCCUAGAUGCUUGUCACAUGAUAAAGUUGGUAAGAAACACCAUGUCGGACUAUAAGGUCCUAAAGGACAAGGACGGCAACACCAUCAAGUGGCAAUUCGUAGAAGAAUUGCAUAAAUUACAAGAGUCAGAGGGCUUACAUCUUGCCAAUAAGCUCCGAUCCGCUCAUAUCAAAUGGAAGCCACAGAAAAUGAAGGUAAAUCUAGCAGCACAGGCACUCAGUUCGAGUGUUGCAGAUGCCUUGGAGUAUUGUGAAGGUAAGCUGAAAUUGCCACAAUUUCAAGGGUGUGGUCCAACAGUUCAAUGCAUUCGUGUUUUUGAUCAUCUUUUUGAUGUUCUGAAUUCCAGGAAUCCGUUGGCGAGAAAUUUCAAGGCGCCAAUUAGAAGAUCAAACUAUCAGUACACAAAGAGGUUUCUCGAUGAGGCAAGUGAGUACAUUCGAAAUCUGAAAGGUCCAGAUGGCCAGUCGAUCCUUACGUCAAAAAGGAAAACAGGAUUUCUUGGUUUCCUUUUGUGCAUCAAUGCUGUUGUGGGAUUAGCAGAAGAUCUCGUUAAUGCGGAGAAUCCUGUCCUGAAGUAUCUUCUGACGUACAAGAUGAGCCAAGAUCACUUGGAAUUAUUCUUUUCAGCUGUGCGAGCUUGUGGUGGGUGGAAUAAUAAUCCAACAACUCGCCAAUUCGUAGCAGCAUACAAGCAGCUACUAAUGAGGCACAACAUCGAAGGAGGGCGUGGAAACUGCACCCCUCAAGAUGAUACCGAAAUAUUGAACAGUGUCCAGGAUCAGCAUGAAAUCAACUCCGUACCUACUGGAAUUUCUGAUGUGGCGAUUGCAAGGAGAUAUGACUUGGAGUUGAGACAGCCAGCUACAGAUGAACACGACUACUGUGAUGUUUCGAACGCCAUGGAACUAUCUGAGUACAAAGAGGCGGCCAUAUCGUACAUCGCUGGGUAUGUGGUGAAGAUGGUGGAGAAAAAGAUCCACUGUCCACAAUGUCUAGCAGUGUUGACAACGAGCAAAGAAAGCAUUCCAGAUUUAUUCGUAACAUGGAAAACAAAUGGAGGCUUGAAACUACCAUCACUUGGCCUCAUCAAAAUAUGCGAAGAAACAGAGAAGUGUGUGAUGAGAAUGCUAAAUGUAAAUGGAGGUGGUUUACCGCAUGGCGCUGGACUUUCCAGUGCGAUUGCUACGACAGUGUUAUCAGCUGUGUUGCAAGUGGGGUCUUUAGUACGUUAG